AAAACUAUUCUUGUAAAUAUUUCCAAAAUUAUGCAGAACUCACACACCUAAAGAGGCUACGUAAGCUUCAUAACAACAAACAGCUCUUCAAAAAAAAAAAAAAAAGGAGCUGUUCAUAAAAAAAGAAUCCAAAAAAAAACAAAAAAAAUACGAUAAACCAAAAAAAAAAAAAUGUCAUACGGAUACAACGACGAUGAUGCAAAGAGGAAAAAGAGAUAUGUAAUUAUCUCUAUCUCCUCUGUUCUUUUGAUCUCUAUGGUUGUCGCUGUGACCAUAGGCGUUAGCGUCAACAAGAACGAUAACGGGGGUGAUGAAGAAAUCACAACUUCUGUUAAAGCCAUCAAAGAUGUUUGUGCACCAACGGAUUACAAAAAGACUUGUGAAGAUACUCUAAGGAAGGAUGCGCAGAACACAUCAGAUCCGUUGGAGCUGGUGAAGACAGCGUUUAACGCGACGAUGAAACAGAUAACUGAAGUGGCGAAGAAGUCACAGACUAUGAUUGAGUUGCAGAAGGAUCCGAGGACGAAAAUGGCGUUGGAUCAAUGCAAGGAGCUGAUGGAUUACGCAAUCGGUGAGCUUAGUAAGUCGUUUGAGGAGUUGGGGAGGUUUGAGUUUCAUAAGGUUGACGAGGCAUUGGUUAAGCUGAGAGUUUGGCUUAGCGCAACGAUUAGUCAUGAGCAAACUUGUCUUGACGGGUUUCAAGGAACGCAAGGGGAUGCAGGUGAGACGAUUAAGAAGGCAUUGAAAACCGCGGUGCAGUUAACGCAUAACGGGCUUGCAAUGGUCACCGAGAUGUCGAAUUAUUUAGGGCAAAUGCAAAUUCCGGAGAUGAAUAGUCGCAGGCUACUGUCCCAAGAGUUCCCUUCGUGGAUGGAUGGGCGAACGCGUAGGCUUUUGAACGCUCCUAUGUCGGAGGUUAAGGCAGAUAUCGUAGUGGCUCAAGAUGGAAGCGGACAGUAUAAGACGAUCAACGAAGCAUUGAAUCAUGUCCCCAAGAAGAAGAACACGACUUUUGUGGUUCACAUUAAAGGUGGAAUCUAUAAAGAGUACGUUCAGGUAAACAGAAGCAUGACACAUCUUGUUUUCAUCGGGGAUGGUCCUGACAAAACUGUCAUUUCCGGCGACAAAAAUUACAAGGAUGGUAUUACCACCUAUAAAACCGCCACCGUUGCAAUCGUUGGAGACCAUUUCAUUGCCAAGAACAUGGGGUUUGAGAACACGGCAGGGGCAAUAAAACAUCAAGCGGUAGCGAUUAGGGUUCUAUCAGAUGAAUCAAUAUUUUACAACUGUAGAUUUGACGGUUACCAAGACACUCUGUACGCACAUUCCCACCGUCAGUUUUACCGGGAUUGUACUAUUUCUGGCACCAUCGAUUUUCUCUUUGGAGACGCAGCUGCGGUAUUCCAAAGCUGUACUUUAUUGGUAAGAAAGCCACUCCCGAACCAAGCAUGCCCCAUUACCGCCCACGGACGUAAAGAUCCGCGUGAAUCCACAGGAUUCGUGCUCCAAGGGUGUACGAUUGUUGGCGAACCGGAUUACUUGACAGUCAAGGAAACCAGCAAAUCUUAUCUUGGAAGGCCAUGGAAAGAGUAUUCAAGAACUAUCUUCAUGAAUACAUUCAUCCCGGAUUUUAUUCCGCCAGAAGGAUGGCAACCAUGGCUUGGCAAUUUUGGCCUUGAAACACUCUUCUACUCAGAGGUGGGGAACACUGGACCGGGUGCAGAUGUCACAAAACGAGUUACUUGGCCCGGAAUCAAGAAGUUGAGUGAAGAAGAAAUCCUAAAAAUCACUCCAGCUGAAUACAUUCAAGGUGAUGCUUGGAUUCCAGGUAAAGGUGUUCCGUACAUCCCAGGUCUUUUCCCUGGAAACAGCUCAGGUACCGAUCUAAGCGAAUUAGAGUCCGCAAAUUCUACAACAACCGGCUCCAACACAACAGAGUCAUCAGAUUCACCAUCAACAGUAACGUCUCCUUCAAAUUCUCCACCAGCUGGUCAUCUUGGUUCCCCACCAACUACACCUUCAACUGUUACGUCUCCUUCAAAUUCUCCACCAGCUGGUCAUCUUGGUUCCCCACCGACCACACCUUCAACAGUUACGUCUCCUUCAAAUUCUCCACCAGCUGGUCAUCUUGGUUCCCCACCGACCACACCUUCAACAGUUACGUCUCCUUCAAAUUCUCCACCAGCUGGUCAUCUUGGUUCCCCACCAGCUACACCUUCAACAGUUACGUCUCCUUCAAAUUCUCCACCAGCUGGUCAUCUUGGUUCCCCACCAGCUACACCUUCAACAGUUACGUCUCCUUCAAAUUCUCCACCAGCUGGUCAUCUUGGUUCCCCACCAGCUACACCUUCAACAGUUACGUCUCCUUCAAAUUCUCCACCAGCUGGUCAUCUUGGUUCCCCACCAGCUACACCUUCAACAGUUACGUCUCCUUCAAAUUCUCCACCAGCUGGUCAUCUUGGUUCCCCACCAGCUACACCUUCAACAGUUACGUCUCCUUCAAAUUCUCCACCAGCUGGUCAUCUUGGUUCCCCACCAGCUACACCUUCAACAGUUACGUCUCCUUCAAAUUCUCCACCAGCUGGUCAUCUUGGUUCCCCACCAGCUACACCUUCAACUGUAGUGUCUCCUUCAGCUUCACCACCAGCUGAUUAUCAAGGUUCCCCAUCAACUUCACCUUCACCUUCUCCUUCAGUUUCUCCAUCAGCUUCUCCUUCAACCUCUCCAUCUGCUUCUCCAUCUGCUUCUCCUUCAGCUUCUCCAUCAGCUUCACCAUCAGAUUCUCCAAAAAGCUCGGUUUGAGAUGGAUUUAAAGGCCAGGUCUAACUAGAGAUUGAGUGCUUUCUACUCGUAAACAUUUUUUUGGUUUUAAUAUUUUGGCUAACCUUUUGAGGACAUCAGGUUCAGCAUUAUUGGUGUACCAAGUUAAUGAGGUUAUCACUAGCUUUUUAAAUUCAUGUUAACUCUCAUGCAUGUAUAUAUGCUAUAAUUAUCUUUUCUAUAUAAAAUUAAUUAGUACAUCUUGUAUAAAUGGGAGGGUUUAUAUUCUGUACCGAAUAGAGUAUAUGUAGAAAUUUUUCAUACAAAUACUAAAAUACAAUAUAACGUUUUCCUAUGUGUUAAUGGUGAUUGAGGACCUUUCGGAUCUUGUGUGGGG